GAACAUCCUACAAGUAGCCAAGCUGUGGGUGGGAGAUGGCCGCAGGCUGCUUUCCCCGAGGGAACGGUGCCGCGAGGAGGGUCGGCGCCUUGCUCCCAGCCCCAGUUUUUGCGGGUUGCAGCACAGCCCCGCGGCGGCCCAGGCACGCUGUGUGGUUGCACCCAGCCGCUGCUGCGUGUGCCCGUGCCCGUGCCCGCAGCCGCACGAUGGCUGCCCCAGCGAUGCCUCGAGCACAAAACAGUUUAGGCAGAAAGAACCGAUACAAAAUAGAAGUGACUUAUGGAAAGCAGCCACCCCAUUUUUUUAAGCUUCCCCAGUUUCUCGUUACACCAGCAGGGAGGCUUGGCUUGCACGCAGGGGAAUUUCUGGUGCGCCUGUGAUUGACAAGGCCAUGGUGUCCUGUCAGGGAGGCCGUGUUUUAUUUAUAAAAUUACUCCGGGAAAUUGCAAUGAGAUAGAUAGCUUCCUAGUGAAGAGCUGCUAAACUGAAAGUGCCUUUCAAGCAGAGGGAUGCUGGUCCCUCCGGAUCCCCUUUCCUUCUGUGACCCAUCGGUGAUUCCUCACGGGGAAGCAGAGGGGCUCCUCUCUGCUCCUGCACUGUGCUCCUCUCCCCUCUCUCCCCUCUCUCGGUCUUUCACCCCCCAAAUAUCUCAGCAAUGCCAGGAGGCUGGUAUGCCCUGGGCGGGUAAGAAUAGUCUACAAUGGCAGAGAUUAUGCCUGUUAUUUUUUGUCUCCUUGCAGUUGUCCGGACAGAGGAUCCACAAAAGAGGUAGGAGCAGAUAAACUGGAGAAGCGAGAACUUUUGCAGGGUGACCUACUAAGCCCUUAGGAGGAUUUGCUCCCACAUCCAAAGCAAACAGUCCUGUUCAUUAAAAUAAUUCUUCAUCAAUAAUGUUGCGGCUCAGUAUCUCAUUUCUGUCCCAUACCCUUCCCUCAUAUUUGUUGUUUUUUUCUAUUUUUCCUGUCUAGGUCUAAUUUACUUUGGAAAUGCCAAAACUGUUAAGACAGCAGGAGCUGGAAGUGUGGUGAACCCAUUCAAACAUGGAGCGCUGGGACUCGCUGGGAUUACUGAUUAUUACACUCAACUAUAAUGUGACUGUCGUAGGGAAGAUCUGGCUAAUGUUAAUAAUUCUGCUGAGACUGGCAGUGGUCGUGCUAGCAGGCUACUCGCUCUACCAAGAUGAGCAAGAACGCUUCGUCUGCAACACCCUGCAACCAGGAUGCUCCAAUGUUUGCUAUGACUUGUUCUCUCCCAUAUCUCAUUUUAGGUUCUGGCUUGUUCAGACUGUGUCUAUCCUGCUGCCUUAUGCUGCUUUCAGCAUUUACGUUUUGCACAAGGUAGCCAUGCACAUUGUAAGAAUGCAUUGUUCGGUAUAUAGGUGCAAAGGCAAUAAGGUUUUACCUAGCCCCAAAAACCAGAAAAAACACGGUGCAAGUGCUGUUGUCAGUAGACUGGACUGUGAUGCAGAUAACCUGAGGGUCCUUAAUUUUUCUGAGGCAUAUACUGUUCAUCUUUCUUUUAGGACACUAAUUGAGGCUGCCUUUGCAGCUGGGCAGUAUUAUCUGUUUGGAUUUUUUGUUCCCGAGCGCUUUUCCUGCUACCACUCACCUUGUACAAGCAUGGUUGAUUGCUAUAUCUCCCGGCCCACUGAGAAAUCCAUAAUGAUGAUUUUCAUCUGGGGAGUCAGCAGCCUGUCCUUCCUGCUCAGCCUUGUCGAUCUCGUCUGUGCUCUUCGGAGAAUGACAGCAAGGAACCGACAGAAGAAGCUGCUGGCAAACCUCCAUGCAGAGGAUGCACACAUUUUAGAUCUGCCUCCAGGACAGCAUGGUAGCUCUUCCCUAGCUCAACAUCAAGACCACCCAGUAAGAAAUGACAGCCAGAGCAGUGAUGGUUCCUGCUCACUUCUCUCUGAAGAGGAAGAAGAAUCUGUUCUUCAUCCUGAAGUGAUCUCUCAGCAGACUGCCAGCACUAACCUUAACAGCAACAGCAACAAGCCCUGUGUAUCGAGAGAUCUUACUGCUAAUCAAGACAGCACUGAAGAGCCCUUGUGUGCCGCUGACCAGCAAGGCACUAUAUGCAGACAAGUGAGACCUGGGCUUCAGCAAGGCUUCGUUCAAGACACUGCCCUGACUUUGAGACCUCAGAUCCAGUCUCACCUUGGAGUUUCCUCCUCUGUAGUUCAGAGCAAGCUUUUAGGACAUUAUGCUUCAAGUGAGCUAAAAAGCUCUGAUGCACAAUCAAAUUAUAGGAGUACUAGUUGCCUGAGGUCAAAAAAAUCAGAAUGGGUAUAGAGCACUCAAUCAACACUACAUUGGGAUCCUGGCACGACGUGUUGUUGCAUCGCUGAGGAGGUCUCGGGGUGUUCAGCUGCACACCUCAACUGAGGUUAUGCUGCAGAGAUAUGUUACUUUGCUGUGCUUGGUUACCUGAAGGAAGAUGAAAAGCAAAACUCUGUUGAGGAGGAAACAAAACCUCUGAGAAGAGCUUGAAGAAUACUACAUUAAGGGAACUAUUCUCUGGAAAAUGUAACAGCUUUAUGUUCUUCUGAGUGUGAGUGACUCUGUAAAGCUGUGGACUGCCACUGAUUUUUUUAACAUGUUUUUUCGGGAGUAUGUGUAUACACUUGGUUGCUCUGACCUAAUUUUAUUCCAACAUUUGAGCUUAAGAAAGACUUGACUUUUAAACACA